CAGAUCAAGGCCGCCAAGCUGCCAUGGCCCUCAGAAUGACGCUGCUUCCUGUGGCAACCAUCCUGAUCACGUGGACUGCGACGUCACUAGGGUCUCCCCUAGAAAUCUACGACUUGACGCACGAGAUUGGACAAGACCCAAUGUCCUGGCCGUUAUUUCCCAAGUUCAACUUCACCAUCCAGAUGAGAGGACGCCAGCCAGCAGGAUACUGGCUGGAAAGUAACACAUUCGAAAUGGCCGAACACAGUGGUACUCACAUGGACGCCCCCUCCCACUUUACGGAGGGAGGUUUGCGCGUGCAUCAGAUACCCGCUUCUCGCCUCAUCGGACCAGGAGUCGUCAUCGACGUGACGGAGAAGGUCGCCUCCAACCCCGAGUACCUAGUGAGCGAAGGUGACCUACAGGAGUGGGAACAAAACCAUGGAAGAAUCCCCGACGGUGCAGUGAUACUGAUGAGGAGCGGAUGGAGCAGCCGGUAUCCAGAAAGGCAAAGAAUCUUAAACACACGGAACAUUAUGGAUAUAAACAGUUUCCGCUUUCCAGGUUUCAAGGUAGAUGCUGCUCAAUGGCUGGCCAGUCACCGGAACAUCACCGCAGUUGGAGUCGACACCCCAAGCCCGGACAACCGCCUCAACUAUGGUGACGGCAAAGGGUACCCCGUGCACACGACUCUGCUGCCCAAAGGUAUCCUCAUCCUGGAGAACGUGCGCAUGACGGCGGAUGUCCCCCCUUCCGGCACCAUCGUCAUUGUGGGCGUCAUCAACCUGAGCGAGGGUAGUGGAAGUCCAAUGCGACUGUUUGCAGUCCGUAACGGCCUGUGGUCCAGAGGCGUCAGCUCCUCCACGCGACCUUCUCAUCUGAUGGCAUUUUUCAUGCUCCUCCUGGUGUGGAGGACCCCGUCUCUCGGAUGCUGAUGACACGUCGGGAUGACAUGACCUGACUGACAAGAGUCACUAGAUGCUUAGGAUUACCGGAUAUCUUAUUGUUACUCUGUGCUGACACAACAGACGCUAAACAAAUGCGAUGAAACCAGAUGACUGUGUCUCUUAUAUUUAAUUAUAUAUUACAUUACAGCUUUUGUACUCUCUCCAAGGAAUGUACCAAAUAUUCUAACUAUUGUGGUAAUAUUUCAGAGAAGUAAUGCUGAAACCUUUCUUGCAGUCCGUUUAGAUGGGCAAUAAUUACCUUCUUCACCUGA